UGGAGCAGCCCCGCUGACCUCACGGCUCAGCUCUGCAUUUAAGAUCUGCCUCCCAGAUGUUGCGGGAGGAUCGAGGCAGCUGCGGAGCCGGGAAUAGCCCCAGCCCCUCGCCGGCCCGAGAUGAUCGCACUGCUCCUCUUCUCUGCCCUGCUGUGGGACAAGGCUGGAGCCUGGGGCUUCAGGGAUGGAGUGCUGCACAAUUCCAUCUGGUUAGAGCGAGCGGCCGGCGUGUACCACCGCGAGGCGCGCUCCGGCAAGUACCGGCUCACCUAUGCCGAGGCCAAGGCCGUGUGCGAGUACGAGGGAGGACACCUGGCCACGUACCAGCAGCUGGAGGCAGCCCGGAAAAUAGGUUUCCACGUGUGUGCUGCUGGCUGGAUGGCAAAGGGCAGAGUUGGCUAUCCCAUAGUAAAGGCUGGAGCCAACUGUGGCUUCGGCAAGACGGGAAUUGUUGACUACGGAAUCCGCCUCAACCGGAGCGAGAGGUGGGACGCCUACUGCUACAACCCCAACGGAAAGGAAUGUGGAGGAGUCUUCACGGACUCCAGACACGUUUUCAAGUCCCCGGGCUACCCCAGCGAGUACGAGAACGAGCAGAUCUGCUACUGGCACAUCCGCGUGCGCCUGGGGCAGCGCAUCCACCUGCAGUUCCUGGAGUUCGACGUGGAGGAGGACACGGCCUGCCUGGCCGAUUUCCUGGAGGUCUACGACAGCUACGACGACGUCAACGGAUUUGUGGGCAGGUUUUGUGGAGAUGAGUUGCCAGAUGACAUCAUCAGCACAGGGAAUGUGAUGACGCUGAAGUUCCUGACAGACGCCUCAGUGACUGCAGGAGGGUUCCAGAUCAGAUACACCGCCCUGGACCCCCCUGCCAGGGCCGGGGACGGCAGGAACAGCACCCAGCAGGGGAAAACAAACUUCCAGGCAGGAAAAUUCGGGAUUAUGUGAGCAGAGACACAGGCACAGAGCUGUUCUAGACUGGCACCAAUUCACAUAUUUAUGCCCUCAGAUAAGACUUUUUUUUUUUUCAUCUCUGGGUUUUUCUCUUUGGCUUUUCUGUGUUUUGUUAAUAAAGGGAAUAAAUUAUAAAAUAUACUCACAUAAAGAAUAGAAAACUAUUUUUAGAACACAAGUACUGUAAAAAUUUGAAGAACACAUUGAAGUCAUGAAGACUUAAAAAUUAUUUUUCUAUAUCAACUGCUCCUUCUCCUCAUUUCUUACACCACUUGAACAAACUUUUUGUAUGACUGUUCCGAUUAUUUUUAAACUUAACAGGCUCUUCUCAUUUCCCUUAAUUUUCACAUAUUUAUUUUUAAGACUGUUGCUUUUUUUCCCCUGAUCUCUACACAUUAUAAUUAUUAUUUUUUUUAAUUAACUGAAUUUCUUGAACUCAAGGGCCUUCAGUGCUUAUUUUUAAGACACAAAAAAUUCAUCUUGUGGAUGGCCUGGCAGCCACCCACGUGAAGAUGGGGAAGCAGCACGAAGAGCACGGGAUCAGCUGGAUCCACGCUUUAAUUUCCUUGUCAAGGUUUCCUCCCCCGGGGAAGAGCUGCUGAAGUCCUUUCACUUUUUUUAAGUGAAUUAAAGAAUUAAAGGAGUGGCUUCAUAAUGAGAAUAAAACUCGAGGGGAUGGAGCAGCAGGAGGAACUUCUCACCGAGCACGUUCAGGAGGCACCGCCGAGGUGUUGGACGUGGUUUACACGGGUUUAAGACUGUCCUCGUUUAAAUUGCUGAACUAAAAUCCUUCCCCAGAUGUUUUCCACUGAAGCAGCAUUAAAGCUACCUCUGUUCUAAUCUCA